AUGGCUCUGCUGUCCCCGGUUGCCGGCUCCGGUCGCGCGCCCCUGCCCCCCACGGGCACCUCUGGGCGCGACGCUUCCCAGCGAGCGCUGGCCACCCCACCGGAGGCUGUUGAGAGAUCCCGGCGCUCGAGGCCGUCUGUGGAGGCGCACCUCAGGCCCUGCCUGCCCCUCACCGCCGCAUCAUCUUCCAAGCGCUGGGCGCUGCGCUGCGCGGCAGAGGGCGAGCAAGAGCGCGACACCGGGAUGAGCGCGGAGGAGAUCGAGGCUGCGGCCGGGGACGCGGGCAACGAGGAGGACGGGUACAGGGUGCUGGUGCGGGUGUACAAUUUGGAUCGCUACGGGCUGGCCCCGAUGGGCGCAAAGCUGCUGAAGAAGGAGGUGGACGGGAUCUGGCAUGUUGCGGUGGCGGUGCACAACUGUGAGUUCUGGUACGACCACCAGGUCAACCAGCAGGAUUUGUCGGAGGUGGAAUUUGCAUUUGGGUUCGGGCCUGCGUACGUGUACGACUUGGGGCGCACGAGGACGACCAAGGAGGAGUUGGAGCGCCUGGCCUUCGGCCCCCUGGCGGAGAAGUACCACAUCGACAGCUACGACUGCUUCUACCACAACUGCCACCACUUCGCGAAUGAGUUGUGCAUGAAUUUGAACGGGCGGCGCAUCCCGCAGUGGUGCAUCGACCACGGGGAGCAGGGCCUGAGCGAGAUGGGGGAGGCCAACGCGGCGCUGACGCGGUUCGUGACCAACAAGAUCGCGCGGAUCAUGAUGGUGUCCUGGGGGAAGUACAGCAAGGAGCGGUUCGUGCAGCUGACAGAGAUGAAGGAGGAGGAGGAGGAGGAGCGGGCGCGGUCGGUGGGGCAGGCCGCGGCGUGA